AUGUCGUUUUUCGGAUGGAAAAUGGGUGGUGGUGGCGGCGGCGGGGCCGGCGGGGCUUCCGAGCAUACCGGUCAUAAUUUGCAGGACGGCCUUUUUCAAAUCGCAUCGCAGGCCUGUCACAUCCUAGUGCAAGUGAACAAUACGCACAACGUUUCUUACGGAGGUAGCAAUAAUGUGAAUAACAUCGCGUAUUCGAAGUAUUCUACGGCCGGCGGUACGACCACAUCGACGACAUCGUCGUCGACGAAAGGGGCGACCGCUGCCAAAGCGUAUCCAAAGUACGCGGAGCAAUACAACAAGGGUCCUAACAAGGACCAGGAUGUGGUGGUGUUGUUACCACAUCGCAAGAACAGAGCACCGCGACUCAAGCACAAAUUAUCGACCGUGUCCGAAAACGCUCGGCUGGAUGUGAAUUCUCCGGGAGAUGACGAUUUAGAGUUAUGGGACCAGACUGGAUUUAUGUUGAGAACCGACGUAGACGAUCAUCUUACGAAUGGAAAGUGGGGCAAACAGGGUUGGUGCAGGCCCAGUUGCAUACCGAUAAGCAUCAUACUGAUUCUGAUUGUCCUGGUCGUGCUUUUGCCACUGUUGGACCACGCGGCGGACAAGUACUCGUUAAAUGCCACCGCGUUGAAUUUGGAAUCGACAUGUAUGGAGCAUUGCAAUAUAUCCCUGGUGGAAACUAUACCGGUGGGCUUGAAUUAUAACAAUAACACGGCGCAGCACGAAAGCACCUACGAUUCUUGGAUGGAUCUCAUUGGAAUGGCACAGAAUACUAUCGAAAUCGCGUCGCUUUAUUGGACAAUGUUAGGGGACGAUGUGAUACCCGAUCACAGUGCUAAGAUGGGAGAACAGGUGUUCCAAUCACUACUGGAAGCCGGAAAAGACAGACAAAUCACACUAAAAAUUGCACAGAAUCUUCCGUCCCGCUUGUCUCCGAAUAUCGAUACGCAAAUUUUGGCCAAAAAGGCUAACGCACAGGUGAAAAGUUUAAAUUUCGCUGGAUUGUUAGGCGGCGGUGUACUUCACACAAAACUGUGGCUCAUCGAUCGUACUCAUAUAUAUGUUGGUUCAGCGAAUAUGGAUUGGAGAUCUCUUUCGCAAGUGAAAGAACUCGGUUUGAUAGCCUUGAAUUGUUCCUGUUUAGCGAACGAUUACGCCAAAAUAUUCGAUGUAUACUGGAAGUUAGGCGAAGACGGUAAAGUGCCUUCCACAUGGCCAGAUUUCCUUAGCACAAAGAUAAACAUAGAUAAUCCUAUGAAUUUUACAAACAUGGGUAAUAAGUACAAAUUAUUUAUCGCGAGCUCACCUCCGCCAUUUUCACCAAAAGGUAGAAGCAGCGAUCUAGACGCGAUUGUGCACUGUAUUGCUAAAGCGGAAAAGUUCAUUUAUAUCUCUGUAAUGGAUUAUUUCCCGUUAACGAUAUACACUCCACAAAUAAAAUAUUGGCCUGUAAUAGAUAAUGCUCUAAGGGCGGCGGCGAUUGAGCGUAAAGUAGAAGUGCGUCUUUUGAUCUCCAAAUGGCAGCAUUCGAGAUCGUCCGAAUCGUAUUUUCUUAAAUCACUGCAAGAUUUAACGAACAGUUAUCCUAAAGUUAAAAUAGAAGUGAGAAGAUUCAUUGUACCCACCAACACGUCCUUGAACAAAAUACCAUACGGGAGAGUAAAUCAUAAUAAAUACAUGGUCACCGAUAUAGCAGCCUAUGUAGGAACGAGCAAUUGGUCGGGUGAUUACUUUAUUGAUACGGCUGGUAUCGGUACUGUAUUUGAAAGCGUUGGCCAUCAAAAUAACGAUAACAUAAGGCAACAAUUGGAAAAUAUCUUCCACCGUGAUUGGUAUUCAGACUAUUCUUUUCCGCUAAAUAUAAGCGAGGCCUCUUCUGAAAACUCAUGGAAUUUACAGAGAAAUUCAUAUCAACAUUCAUCAUAUGAACCUUAUAUACAUGCAUAAUUAUGGUAAUCGCAUACACAGCGGUCAUUUUUAAUCAUGAAACAUUUAUCGUAUUGAAUUGAUCGAAAAGAGUUUAUUUUAAUUUUCGGUAAGUAAAAUUUUCUUAUUACACUUUGAGCAUAUGCUCUCUUCGUUUUUGAAUAUUUUUGUAAAUACUUUCUAAAAUUUUCGUAAAUCUUGCAACUAUACGCAAACAGUAAAUCGUUGUAAUAUUUAUCGUUACAUAGAUAUAUAUACAUUGCUGUCUAUUUAUAAGGUCUAUUUUACGUGACGUAAUAUGAAGCUAUCUAGUGAUUUUUAAGAAAUUAAAUUACGUGAGAUUUUGUAGCGUUACAAUUAUUGCAGCGCUAACUUUAUUAAAUUUAACAUGUCUGAUAUGUAAAUUAAUAUUGCGUUUUUAUAUGAAUAUUUUUUAAUAAUUAUUAUAUUUUUGACCGUGAACUAAUUUAGAAUUAAGAAUUCAGUUUACAAAAGCAAUACUAAUUUGAUCAGGCUUAUAUGUUGUUUAUUUAAUACAUAGUAUUUUUACACAUUUUUUAGUAAUUAAGUUUCUCUCCAAAUUCUUGCCUUCAAAAUUUAAUUUUCUCUCUCUGAAAUCUUCAAAAAUUCUGUUGAUUAAAACAAUAGAUAUCAGUUCUUCCUUUACACUGAUCUCUCGUUAUCUCACGAUUUUCAUUAUCUACAUCGUGCUAACGUUCGCUAAAUAUCGUUUAAUAAAACAAGCAUAUCGUUUAAUAAGGAAAAAAGAAGGGUAAAAACGUGCCUUACAGACAUUGUCUCUGCGAUAAGAGCACGGCAAUAUUAAUCUAUAUUCGAGAAAUGCAUCGACUCUGUGUUCUUCCAUGUAAGCUUGACUUCUCUAGAACUUAUCCGUUUGUUACUUGUGUUGUUCACUAGUAUAUGUAAAAAUGGGACCUGAUUAUUAAUGUCUUGAUAAGUAUGAAAAAAAAUAGUAAAAUGAUUAGGAAAAAAAGUUGGAUGGUUUGUAAAUGGCUACGAUUAUCGCUUGAAUGUUACAUUCCUAAUCAGAAACGAUUGGUCGAAUCGAUAUCGAUCGAUUAAUUAUUUUUAGCGGGGAUUGAUUAAAUAUAAUCCAUUCAUCUUCGUGCACAGUUAUUUUAUAAUAUCAUAUUUAAUUAACUCUCUUCGUCACUGGAAAAAUAAAAUAAGACAGAAAAAGACUAAUGACAUUGUUGAAACUUCAAUGAAUUUUCAUUAUAUCUUAAGCACUAUACAGUGUAAUUAUAUAAUAAUAUUUAAAUGUAAAAUGCAUGUUUAAAUUUUUAAUGAAGUGUAAAAAGAGUGAAACAAACGUUAAAUGUUACUGAAAGUUACUAUUAUCGAUGGAAAUGUUAGUAUCGUGACAAUCUGCAAUUUACCUUCCACUACUUGCGGAAUUAAUGGAGAGAAAAAGAGGUUUAAGGUAUAGGUUUAAAGUAAACUAACACAAGUAUAUGCCGACAUAUGCCUUCAAAAAAUUACGUUUAAUUAUUUCACAGCAAUUAAUCGAUUUCUUAAUAGAAGGUAUAUAAAAACACAAGCCAUUAAUUUCUAAAAACGUAAGGAACUUUAAAAUAAGAGGCAUUAAGGGACAUUAUACACUGUAUGAAAUUGUAUCCGCUAUAUUUUGCGUACCAAUUGUAAACAACGAUUAUUAAUGAAUUGCUUUAUAAAUUUAUUGUGACUGCGCGCGCAAACAAUGAAGAAUACAUAAAUUAUACAUAAAGAUUUUUCUGUGCUAUAUUCGUGCCUUGCUUCAAUAAUUAUUCUUGUAACCACAUAAAAAAGAUCACAAACA